AUGGCGAGCGACCCGCGCGUUCCUCCCUCCAACUACCCUCCCUCGAUGGGACCGGGUGCCCGACCAACGAACCCAUCUGGCGAUAGCCCUGACACGAGAACAAAGUUGAUGCAGAUCAUGCAGGUCAGAUCCAAGUAUCAAGUCUCGGUAGAGCCAGAGACCCUGUCACUGAGCUACGAACUGAACGAUUCACCUCGCCUCUACCGGCUCCCCUUCGAUGCCCUGCCCUUGCAGGGCUUUUCCAGGUGGUGGCUGUUCGGAGGACCUCAGCGCGCACGUCAAGCGGGUGUUCUAGCCAUUGACAUCAUACGCGGAUCUGAAAAUGUAGCCAAAAGACCGGUCACACAACAAGAAGCCGAAGCACUGACAUACUGGACCUCGAAAAGACUGUUAUACAGCUCAUACGCCACGGCAGCUAGCAUCGUGCUGGGAACGUUCCUCGCACGCAGAGGCCACGCCAGGAUGAAGUUUCCCAUCCUACCAGCAAAACCGUUGGAACAAUACAAUCAUUUCCCGCUGAAGCAGGCACCUAUUUUGACGGGGCAACUUGCACAGUCAGCAUGGCAGUUUACGAGGUACAGCGUCUGGAUACAGCUCACGUUCCUGGUUGCUUCACCCACCAUUGGAACCGCCGCUUCAGUCUAUAUCGCAAACGCGAUGUCAAAGGACUCGCGGACUCAAGAACUCGUUCAUGCCUUGGACCCCAAGCGUGGAUGGGAGGGCGGUGGUCGAAGCGAUUCCGAUAGAAAUAUGUCGCCCGAACAGCAACAGCACCUGCCCUCUGGGUUCGAGACGCCAAACCAAGGUCAAGAUUUCGAGGCUGACUUCCAGCGGAGUUCCAGGGACCUGGACCGGGAUGGUCGUGCCGACCAAGCUAUGGCGCACGAUUACAACACUGGAGAUAGUAUUGAGCGAGGCGCAGCAAAUGGCAUGGGUACUUUGAGUGACUCCGCCGUGAAAGAUCGUGAAAGCAGACGGCAAUAUGAGAGGUAUCCUUCAUCACCGCAGCAACAAUCACAAACAUAUGGCCAAUCUACCAUCCCAUCCGCCUCGGGAGACUCUGACCCCUUCUUCUACGACGACGCAUCACCUACAGCCGGCAAUGAUCCAGACAACGCAUCACCUGUAGCGCGCACUCAGCCCUCAGGUGGGAGUGUAUGGGAGCGCCUUCGACGCGGUGGCAACGCCUCCCCUUCGCCAUCACGACCGCCGGCAUACGAUGCUCGCGUCCAACCCGGCGCAGGCCGACCCUCCCGUACCACCGAGCAAGAAGCAGACUUCAGUGACCGCGAUGCAUACAGUAGUAGCGAAACCAAAUUCGGGUCAGCAGGAAGCUUCCGGGACGGCCGCGAUCGCGAACGGGCGCAACGAGAAUUCGACGAGAUGCUGGAACGGGAGAGACAACAGAGUGGGAGCGGAGAUUACGACAGGGGUAUGAGAGCCGUUGAACAAGGCGAGGAGAGCGGCAAUGCGGCCACAGGUGCAAGUGGAGGUGGAGGUGGAGGUGGAGGUUCAGCAUGGGAGAGGAGGCGUCGGGAAUGA